AUGGCACAAUGUUCUGCGCUCUGCGUAGUCAACUCACGGUGGGACAGCUGGCGUCCUUCAGCACCCUCAGGCGAAUACCAGGGAGCACGAACUCCGGCCUCUCAGCCCGUGACUGAGUGGACGUGCCAGGGGGACGCCCUGAAGCAUGUUGGCUCGACAUCGGGGGGUGACGGCAUCCCGGUGGUUACUCGAUCCAUCCGGCCCUUCCACGGCAUGUCGUUCGGUAAGGGCCAAUCGGCAGCCGAGCUGCUCAAGAAGUAUGGCAUCUCAAGGCAAACGCUCUCCAAGAUUUGGAAGCGAGGACAGCAAUCUAGGGUCCUGUCGGGCCGAGCUGACGUAGCCUUGAGGAAGAAAGGUCGAUCGGGGCGGCGACCCAAGCUCACCAUGGACGAAGUUGAGGCCGCCGUAAAGAGAGUCCCGCCGCAUCUGCGCAAGACAUUUGCUUCGUUGGUAGCAUCCAGUGGCAUCCCACCGACGACGCUUUGGCGCGUGCUUCAGACGAAGAAGCUUCAACGGCGGACAAGUCGACUGAAACCGAUGGUGACGGACAAGCACAAGGCCGACCGUGUUGAGUUCGUGCGGUCAUUUGUUCGCGCGUCAUCCGACGGCCAAAUGCGGUGGUACGACAUGCACAACCGCGUCCACAUCGACGAAAAGUGGUUCUACCUGACGCUGGUAAAUCGCCGGUGUUACAUGUGGUACGAUGAAGCUGUUCCUAUCCGCAAGUGCAACUCGAAGCGUCACAUCAUCAAGGUCAUGUUUAUGACGGCCGUGGCAAGGCCACGGUUUGACUAUACGACGCGAAGGAUGUGGGACGGCAAAAUGGGCAUGUGGCCCUUCGUGUCGGUUGUGCCAGCGCAAAGGAAGAGCAAGAACCGCGACCGUGGAGCGCCGGUGACGACGCCGGUCACUGUGACGAUGCCGGUCACUGUGACGAUGCCGGUGUACCGGGAGUAUCUGCUGACGCACGUGAUACCGACGAUCAAGGAAGUGUGGCCAGGUCGCCGCAGUGAUCCCAUCUACAUCCAGCAAGACAAUCUGCGCCCUCAUGUUAAAGUCAACGACGCUGCCAUGACGAUGGUGGGUUGUGCAGACGGCUGGUCCAUACAGCUUGUGUAG